AGGUGACCUAGUUAUUUUUAGAAGGGGGCAGUCAUAAUAAACCAGCUCUUAGCUUCAUUCAAGGCAGGAGGUGCUUUGGAAGUUUGUAAACACCUACUUUCUGAGUAAGGGGAGGAGAGCUUUUCCCCCAAAAGUAAAGAACUUGACUCCUGGGUUUUUUCCUUCCUGAGAGUCCUCCUCAGCCUCCAGAAGAAACCAGGGUGCCUCACAGCCUUCUCCACUGCUUUAUUAUUCUUUUGAAAGGGUAGAAAUGCCUGAAGGUGACGACUGUGGACCUGGCAAAAGCUGGGAAGUUAUCAAUUCCAAGUCAGAGGAAAGACCCAGGCUCAGCCACUGUAUUGCAGAGUCAUGGAUGAAUUUCAGCGCAUUUCUCCAAGAAAUGUCUCAUUUCAAACAGCAGAGUCCCGGCAAGUUUUGUCUUCUGGUCUGCAGUGUGUGUACAUUUUUCACCAUUUUGGGAAGUUACAUUCCUGGGGUUAUACUCAGCUAUCUCCUCCUACUGUGUGCAUUCUUGUGUCCGCUAUUUAAAUGCAAUGAAAUUGGACAGAAGAUAUACAGCAAAAUCAAGUCCGUUUUGUUGAAAUUAGAUUUUGGAAUCGGAGAUUAUAUUACUCAGAAGAAACGUGAGCGAUCUGAAGCAGAUAAAGAAAAAAGCCACAAAGAUGACAGUGAAUUAGACUUUUCCGCUCUUUGUCCUAAGAUCAGCCUCACGGUUGCUGCCAGGGAGAUGUCUGUGUCCGACACGGACGUCUCUGAGGUCUCCUGGACAGACAAUGGGACCUUCAACCUUUCUGAAGGAUACACGCCACAGACGGACACUUCGGAGGAUCUCGACCGACCUGGUGAGGAAGUUUUCUCUCAAGACCUUUCAGAUCUUCCAUCUUUAGAAAAUGGCACAGGAACCAACGAUGAAGACGAGUUAAGCCUUGGCUUGCCCUCCACGCUCAAGCGAAAAAAGGGGCACUUGGAGAGCAGCGUCGGCGCCAGCAAAGAACGGCCGCUGGCCGCUGGUCUCACCCUUCCUCUGAGCAGUGACCAAGCCGCUCACUUGGUGAGCAGCCUGGCGGGGGAGGUGAUCACGGCCGCAGUGGCGGCUGCUGUCAGAGACCAGUUAGAGGGUGGGCGUCAGGCUGCCCCCAGUCCGGGAGAGGAUACAGACAACGAAGAAGGUGAUGACUUUGAACUACUUGACCAGUCAGAGCUUGACCAAAUUGAGAGCGAACUGGGACUUUCUCCAGACCAGGAGGCGGAAGCACAGCAAAACAAGAAGGCUUCAGGCUUCCUUUCAAAUCUGCUGGGAGGAGGCCAUUAGUCUGGGAGCUGGCUUGCACAACAGAACACAGAUAAACUACCAAAAAAUUUCAAACAAGCAAAAAAAAGUUUUUGAACUGUGAGCUUUGCUGAUUACUUUAGAUUUGGGGGGGUCUUAUUUCCCCUUCUGCAGUGAAUUAAUUGGACACAUAUCAAGUGACAUGAUAGAUUGUUAUUUUGCUGUCAGUUUUUAUGUAACUAGCAUGGAAGUGAACUUUCUAUAUCUAUGCAUACAUACUGUGUUGUCAGAAAAGAAUUUUAGGGGUUGUUUUUAAAGCAAAAAAAGGAAAACAUCCACUUACUGAGAUCCUCCUAUAAGUAUCCUUUCAUUUUUCCUGAAAAUAUAUUUUUCAAGCAUGCAAAAAUAGUUUCUUGUAACUCACUGAACUACUGACAAUUCCUUGCAAAUUCAUGCCAUACCAACUCCUUUGUUCCUACCAUUUGGAGACUGACAAGAACGGGGUUACUUUCUGAUGCCAGAAGAUACCAUGAUCAAGCUGUCUUUAGCUGAAGGACUUGGGAAAACUAUCAAGAUUAACUCUCUAGGACAAAAUAGAAAAAUAUAUUUUACAACUUCAAACACGCUGAUCCAUUUCCAUGUAUUCCUGUAGUCAACUAGGUUUGCUGUCAGGGCAUCACCAUUGACUGCCAGCCCUGACCUUGUGAUGGGUGGCAUUAAUCCAUAGCAAGUCAGUCACUGCCUGUCACUUAGACGGUGGUUAUGACGUCAACGGUAGUUGAGUUGUGCUUUGUGGUUCAGUUGUCUUGUAAUUGUAGUCGGGAGUUGAGUUGUAGUUGUGAGUGCAGAUCUGCUUGCCCAGACCCAGGUCAAACUCUCAUCUUUCUUAUGAUGUCAUGGAGAAAGUCUCUUAAAAUUGUAAAACUAGUCCCCACCUUGUAUUAUGAUGUACGAUCAUCAGCAGCAGAGAAACAAUGACUCUGUUUCCUAGUCUGUCGAAACUCCUACGGCAGAACAACUUGCUCACCUUUAACAUGUAUUUAUUUGCCCUGGAAGUCUGAACAUGUAAUGUUUCUUGGAAAACUAGAAUAUAUUGUUCCUUUAUUUAAAAAUGUUUCGAUCACCUUUCACCAAAUUUGUAGAUUUUUAACAAAGGACAAGAGAGCAGAAAACAAGCUGAUUUUGUUUUGUGACACAAACUUUUAAGCAUGGAGGGACCAUGUCGGCCACUACCAGCAAUUUCGUUAAUCUUCAGGGACAGCUGGCAUUUCUGCAGAUGCACAUACAUGGGCAUCUGAGACCCUCAGAAAGGAAGGAUAAUCCAAGGAUGUAACUAUUCGCCCUUCUCCCUUCAUUUUAUCCCUUUUCUUAUAUUUCCAGUAAUUAAUGAUAGGGAAUCUGAUAUUUCAAAGUAGCAUCUCUUAUUUAUUUAUUUUCUGAGGUAUUAAAGUAUCUAGACUAAAUUUUGCCAAUGUUAGGGAGAGAAGUUACUGGAGACUUUGGACACUUGCUUUUUGUGAUUGACUUUGCUUUUAUGUCAUUAGUGCCUCAUGACUGUGUUUGAUGUCCGUAUCAACACAAAGUAAGCCUGUGCCUUCAUUAUCUUGCCCAUUUUGGUACAAGUGAAAACUCAGUGUUAGAUCUUUGAAGCUGUGGGUUUGGGAAGAAUAUACCUGAAUUGGAUUCAGUUAUAGUUUCUGGACAUGAAGAAAAAUACAGUCACAUAUUUAUAAAAUAGUUUUUACUGGGGCUUUUUUUUUU